GCCGGCUUCUCUACUUCUCGAAGAAGAAAAAGAGGAGGAGGAAGAAUUUAUUGCACAUUUGCAUAUGUACAUUCAAAAGUUGGCCUCAAGGAAAAGCCUAACCAAUUUUUUUAAAAGCACUUUUAAUUGGUUGGUAAUUUGAUUUCAUUAGCACCAAACUCCACAAUUGGCCAGGGGUUACUCUUAAAUCAAAAUGCAAGCUACUUGUUUAACAAUUUGUACUCUUAGGUGUCAGUUCCUGACUCGACUUGGAAAUUCAGUUCUUGCUAUUCAAAUUACAUGAGAUCUUCCCUCAGUUUAAAACAACACAGCAUCAGCACAAAGUGGAGAAGAUGCCUCGUGAAACCUAAAGCUUUAGCUGCUUCCACGGAGCCUCUUUCCUCCAUUCAUUACUUCCUAGGGAACCACUGGUACUAUGUAAGAAUAAAGAAACACAAGCCAUCCUUGUGAACUCCGAACUACCCUCAGCCGGCCACACAACUCUCUAUACAAAUCCAUGGCCUCCUCUUGGAGAUCCGCACCACUUUGCUCACUACCUCUUCUAGCCAUUAAAACCAGACCCAGCUGUUAUCAACAAUGGCCGCUACCACUCUCAGCCAUGCCUUGCUCUUCCUACUAGUCUCCAUUGCAAUUCCACUCAUCGCUCAGUGCAGCGACCCUGACAUCCUCGCAGACUUCAUCCUCCCACAGAACCUCACCUCGAACCUUAUCGAUGGGAGAUUCUUCACCUUCAGCGGCAUGCGGAAUCCACUAAAUGGCGAAGAGCCGAAGAACUUUACGGUGCUCAAAGCGUCCAUGGCCGAGUUCCCGGCCCUCAAUGGGCAGAGCGUAUCCUACGCCGUCCUCCUCUAUCCUCCGGGCGCGGUCAACCCCCCUCACACCCAUCCUCGCGCUUCUGAGCUCUUGUUCCUCGCUGGGGGCUAUCUCGACGUUGGCUUUGUCGACACCGCAAACAAGCUCUACGUUCAGACUCUUCAGCCUGGGGACAUGUUUGUGUUCCCCAAGGGACUGGUGCACUACCAGUAUAACGGUGGAGAAGGCCAGGCAAUCGCCAUCUCCGCCUUCGGCAGUGCCAGUGCUGGGACUGUAUCAAUCCCUGGGAGUGUGUUUGCCACCGGCAUCGACGACGGGAUCCUCGCAAACUCCUUCAAGACCGAUGUAGCCACGGUUCAGAAGAUCAAGGCUGGGUUUGCACCGAAGGCCUGAGCUUGAAGCGUCCAGUUAUUUGACAUAAAAUGAAUAUUUGAUGGCUUUACUCAGGAAUUUGCUUCCUGUUUCUUUCUUCCAUAAUUCUUGCUUCGUGUUCUCUUUCUAAUAAUCCUGUUGGCUGCCCAUUAUUAUUUAUGUUCAAUUACCCCCGUUAUUUUUCUAUAUGGCAGAAAGCCAUGCAAGCUUCUGAUCUAUUUUUCUUGAGUUCCAACGGUGGGAACUGAAGUUCUUGCGAAGGGAAACCAUCAGUCAGAAAUCAACCAUCUGCAUGAAGUUUAGAUACAACCGAGCUGGCUAGCGCCAUCAUGCUGCUGCUCCAAGUUGCAAUCACUUUCAGACUAGAAUAUUUCUCCUAAGUAGGUUGUAAUUAAUUAAUAACGUUUUUAAAAGAUUUUUCUGUGAUGAGCAGAGCUCAGAAAUGCCCAGUUUUCAGAGGAGGUCAUUAAUGUCCUUAAAUUGGGAUGGUCAUUGUAUAUUUAUUUCCAGCCUAGCAGACAUCUAUGCAUAACUAUGGGCAAAAUAGAUAUGAUAAACAUCAUGCAUGCUGGUGAUAAACAUAAAAUGCUAAUUAUGGGCUAAACAUCAAAUGGAAGUCAAGCAAAGCAUUGGGUGUAAGUUUAAUCGAAACCAAACAAAGAUCGCAGUACCUAGCAUUGCCAAUGAAGUUGCAUGUAACAUAUUCCACGGCCAUUUAGGGGCAACUAGCUACAUCAAAAGCAUAAAUAUACCAAAACAACUGUUAAAUUCACAAGAUGAUUGGUAUGAUAAGAAAAGGUAAUUUAACUGGGGAUCUGAUGAUAUAGGUUUAUUCAAUUAGUUACGCACUAUAAAAUACCUUGUUGUAAUCCUCUGGUAGGGGGAAAACCAAUGUAAGCUGCACAAAUAUGUGGAUUCUAUAAAUGCUCGAGCCCUUAUGAAUCGCAUCGAUCUCUUAAUACCAUGUUGAACAAGUGAUUGAGCGGACACUAUAGGAGCAUUGCAUUGCUUCAAUUAUUUAAGUAAGUCUCUAACUAGAACCUCUAUUUGUUAGGAAUGGAGAUUGUUUCGUAGAACAAUUGCCCUUAUGAACAAAAAAAAAAAAAUCCAAGCAGAUCAUUUUAUAUUAAAAAAAUUCAUAAAAUAAAUAAAUUAUUUACGUAUUAAAAAAGAGAGAUUAAUUUCUUGCCGCUAUUUUGACUACCCAAAAGUAUUGUUUCUAAACCCCUUGUCAGAUGUCAUUCAACUAAAGGUGGAUACAUUGAGGAAAAGUCUCAUAGAAUAGUUGAUGUGAUGCGUUUUCAUUAAAUCAUUUGAACCCACCUAUAAUAUUUAAAUAUUUUUAUGGCACAUAAAAAAAAGUUGUUUAAUCCCCAUGUUCCUCAAUUCUCCAUUCUAAUGUUCCUCAAUUCUCCAUUUUAUGGCACAAAUAUUAUUUUUUUGUUUUAAUCCCCAUGUACCAUGUGGCAUAUAACAGUAGUUUUAAGUAGCCUGCUUAGCAAAGCUUCGUCCAACUUAGAUGCCGAAUAGCUAACCAGAGAAAGAUAGAUUUAACUAUUGGUAACCACUACUGAAUUAACUAGCUACUGGUUGAACUCAUCCGUGAAAUAAGGUAACCAGGUUAGCCUACCAUAUGGGGUGUUAACUAAUUAAAAUUAUCCUGGCAUCUUGGAUUCUUACAUGGCUGGCUAAAAUGCUAACCAUCCCUAACCAGCAGAUAGCCAAAAUUCAGAUGGGGUAUAUUAUUUAGAACGUUUGGCGUAUGAAAAAGGAUGAAGUAGAAAUCAGAUAUUGAGAGACACCCUAGAGUUCCCACUCGUGCAUCAAUAAUGUAUAGUAGAUUUUACAUGAUCUUAGAAUUUUUUAUAGAAUAUUUUACAAAUUAUUUGAUUAAUUUUAUGGUAAAAAAAUAAGAUUUCAUUCAAAUUUUUAAUUGGUUAAUUUUGCCAGUUCCCCAAUAUAA